AUGUUGACCACGGUGUUUCUGUCAGCGCUCCUGAUGCUGGGAGGUCUCGGAGGGGUAGCAGCAUUCAACCGGCAGGUCCAUGGGAAAUCAAUCCACAGUGAUAAAACUUUGCCGGGCAGCAAUGAUGGAACACACACCGUGAGAACACAGCCAUACCAACAGACAAAAAAUGAAAUCAGCAGGAGUUUGGAUCUUGAGAGCUUCAGCGUACACGUGACCCCCACCACCAGCAAAAUCAGCCUCCCGUCCAUCAUCAGGCUCUUCCCGCCUACUGCCAAACCUUUCCAACUGCACGCCAACAUGCCGAUGCGCUUCGGGAGGGAGAGUGUUCCUGGUGAUGACAGUGCCCCAAACUCGACCCCCAACAUGCCCCAGAGGUUUGGGCGAUCAUGGGAAAUGUGUGCCAAGUGCCUCAAUGUUCGAGAAGCACAGAACCCAAUAUUGCCGCAGAGAUUGGGGAGAAGAAGUCCAUACUGGAGCCUCUUUAGGACUCUGGACAAUACUUGGUUGUUAAACACUGGUUUACACUGGGCUGAAGAUUUUGACUUUACAACCAGCUCCGAAGAGGUGGAGAUGCAAGAAAAGAGCUUUAAAGGAUGAAAGAGG